AGUAAUUAGUGAAGGCGGUCCGUAGUAGAACCCCGCGAACUACGGACUGCGAAGUGCGAACUGAAAGCAGCAGCGCGCCUCCCUGGACCUCCCUCGAGCUCCCUCGACAGCGUGCCCAUAGUCGACACAACUGCGGCCACCCACACAGCUAUCCGAGCGGUCCGCGCCGUCAUCCCCGUUAACGCAUCCACGCCAACAAUUAUUAUUCCACCGCCUGCCUGCCUGUCUGCCUGCCUCGAUGCGCGUGACCUAGCUCUGUCCACGUCCCCCCGACUAUGUCCAGCAGUCCGCCCCUCGCACACGCCCAGCACGUCGCGUGCGCCCGCAUACGAUAGCCAGCCGCGGGCUGAGCGGCCCCCCGGAGCACCAAUGGCGUUGCCGACGCUGCAGUUCGUGGCGGGGCUGCUGCUGCUGCUGUAUCUGCUGAGCUUCGUGCUGUUCGCCUUCAUCCGCGUCGUCACGGGCGUCUCGAUCCAGCGGCUGGGCUACGCAGGCCUGCGCCGCAUUGCCUUCACGCCCAAAGACGGCCUGCGCAUCGAGAUCCGCGGCCUGCGCUUCUCCCUCCACCGCCCAACCUUCGCCCAGCCGACGUGGCUCAGCAUCGUGCUGACGGAGCUGACCGUCACCGUCGACCUGAAGGCGCUGGGCGAGCGGCCGCGCAAGAAGACGGGCUGGUCCGCCUGGGCCCACGGCGCGGGACAACAGCACAGCAGCGGCACGGAAACGCCCGAGCUGCCCGUCGAAGAUGCCGCCGCCGACGACAGCGAGGGGCACCGGCGCAGUCUGACGUGGAAGCGGCUGACAGAGGCGAAGGAGCGCAUCAAGCGCCUGCACCGCAACAUUGGCUACAUCUGCAUGGCCGACCUGCUGGCACACUCCACGACGCUCGUGGUCCCUGAUGUCGGCUCGAUGCAGGUCGGCAGUCUGUCGCUCGCGGUCGACACGCGGCGCAAGACGGUCGACCGCAGCCGCCUGUUCAACCACCACAAGCUCCCGUCCAGUCAGGAGCAGCGCCCUGCCGAGUGGCACGUGACCCUGCGCAGCGUGCUGUUCACGCCCGAGGGCGGCGAGGCGACCGAGGUGCUCGACCACUGCACCCUCAACAUCCACGGCUUCCUCAAGAAGGAGCUCGAGGGCCUGCGCGACGCCUCCAUUGCUCUCAAGCUGGGGCGUCUGAGCAUCCCCUACGACGACGUUAAGCUGUGCGUCGAGCGCGCCAAGAAGUGCAAGCCAGCGCCGACCCAGAAGCAAAGGGACGUUGAUGCAAGACACCCGGACGUCACACUCGCCGACGUCGUGGAAGAGCUGGACCACCCGGAGAGUCGCGAAGAGAGCAUCGUGCAGACCGUAUCCGACUCGAGAGAGUUCGCCAGCUCCAUCCUGCGCGGUAUUCACGAGUUCCAGUUCGCCAUCAGCUUCGUGGGUCUUACCAAGCAGAUCAGGGCGAGUCGCAAAAGCGAGCCGGAAGUCUACCUCAACGUGGCCAUGAAGGAAGUCGGUAUGGACCUGCUGCGACUAGACCCACGCAGUCCCGCGCAUCUCAUGUACUUCUCGCCGAACGAUAUAGCACAUCAAGCCCUGCUCGCUGCCAUCUCCAUCUCGGUCGGCAUCGAUGAGGGCUCCGGCCGCCCAGAACGCCUGCUCUAUGUGCCCAUGGCCACGACCACGCUGAACACAACACUCCCUUCCAAAACCAUUCAGUUCUCGAGCGACAAGGACAGCGCCGAGCGCAACACCAACAUUCUUUACGCAAAUCUUGUCGUCACCUCUCCGUCGCUGGAUCUCGACCCCAAGCACCUACCAUUACUAUUGUCUAUAUUCAACAGCUACGAGUCGCGUCAGAAGCCCCAGAAGACGCGCAACAGCAAGCGAUACCUCAUACGGCGGUUGCUGCCCAAAUCCAACAUCAAGAUUUCCAUCCAUGAGCCUGUCAUAAGAGUGACAUUGCCUCCCAUGGACCCCGAGCGCAGAGGAACAGAUGAAUUCGACCUGCUCAUCUCAGCCUCCUCGUCUUUGUCCCUCGACGUGGAGUCGUCGCAUGCCGCAGACGGCGAGCUGCACUAUGCCCUGCUCUCCACCUUCCGCAUGAACGCACAGCAGCUGUACUACCAGACUGCUUCAAUCGAGAAGCAUAGCUUGCUUCUGACUGACUACCUCGAGUUCAAAAUGCAGCUGAGCGCGUCACCAGACGUCACGGUCGAGCUGCGGGGUAUGGCGCAGACGUUUUCAUUCUACCUUGUUCGGCCGGAGAUCAGCGAGGGCUUGCGACAGAUCGUUACGCACUUGCAGAAAGACAGGCGCAGGAAGCGAGGUGUCCCUAAGAAGGGUCGCAUGAACUUCCUGCGCAAGCUGCCACCAUGGCUUGCAUAUGUACAUCUUCAAGGCUCAGACUUCAACAUCGAAGUCGCCGGGGUUGACGAGGGCGUAUCAAAGCACAGUCGUGGAGCAGCGGUGCACCUCGAAUCAUGGACGGCCGAGUAUAAGCACAGCCGGGACGAUGAGAGCGAACUUAAGCCGGUUCGUCGCCGCGCACCCAGCAGGACAAUAAACAGGGACGAACAUCUCAUCCGUCCUUCCUCGUCUCCAUCGUCCAAGACGCCUGGGAAGCCUUCGGGUAACCCCACCGAUGGUAGGCGACUUGCUCUCCACUUCGCCGGUCUCGAAGGUUUCGUCAUUGAAGCCGAGGAUCAGUGGGAGCAAGACCCAUCCCUGUCACUGCCACGCAUGGAAGUCGCCUUCAGCACAGCGUCCGACAAGCAGGGGCCCAUCUUCCAUGUACACUCGUUCUCUCAGCGUUUGUACCUGCGAUACUCUCUGUACCGCCACUUCGCCAUGGGCAUGGCCAUGCAGGUCAUACGGCGAUCGUUCAUAGUGCCGCAAGAGCCGGUACCGUUCGACGAAGCCAUGUCACCCAUGUCGCCAGUGCUAUCACCUCAGCAUUUGUCAGUUCCGUCAAUGGAUGGCGACAUGUUUGACCCAACAAGAAGCGGCCUGAGUCCUGAGAUCGUCACUAUCGACUUCAAGGCGCAGUUUAUCCAGAUCAAAGCCGACAUGCCUUCAGACCCGCCGCUAAUGUUGCACAUAUACGGAAUUGAUGCCGGGAAGCAUAGGUGGCAGCCGCCGUUCCUCCGGGCGCGACUGGUUAGGCUCUACGCCGAAAACCCCAGUGUCAAGCGCGUGUGGAGUCGCAUAGUCAGCAUUAAGUCGUUGCGCUUGGACUACAGGCAGACGAAGCGCAGAUACGGGCAUACAGUUACUGACGACAAGUCCUUCGACAUCGCGACUGAGGCUAUCCGUAUCGCUGUGCCGCAUCAGUUGGUCGUUCACAAGAUAUUCGACAACAUCACGAACAUCACCAAGGUCGCCACGCAGAUGCAUCAUCGCUUCAAGACUGGCACGAACGAAUACGUUCUCGACAAGGAGCCAGAAGGCCCCAAGCAUGUACCAAAGAUCUCACUGCGCAGUAGGGCUGUGCUGUUUGAACUCGAGGACAGCUCUUUCGAAUGGAAGCUCGGCACCAUCUACCGAAUCGGCCUCAUGGAGCAGAAGCAACGCCUUGCCCGUGAGCAAGCAUUCGAGCUGAAGGUAAAAAAACUGCAGCAAGAAGACGAGUUGCGCAGUAGUGGUUCACGUCAUCGCGCCAGGUCUGCGCACAAUGGGCACCACGGCCAUCGCGGCCGCAAUAAGUCCAAGACCAGAGAGCAUGGACGGGGCAGGUUCCACCGGCGGACCAAGAGUGCAGGUUCGAAUAGCCAGGACUCUCUCGAUGGAGAUCGGCCAAUGCGCUAUAACAAAGACGGCUUCAGCGGCCUUAGUGGGUCCAGUCAGACAACUGUCGAGGUUGCGCGGGAGAAGCUCAAGGUUCUUAAUGCGCAGACUUGGAGGAAGCGUAUUGAUCACGUACUUGCGACGCAGCAUCGCUCGAUACACGACAUUCGUUCUAUGUUCUGGGGUCUCGAUGAGCUACCAGAUGAUGUCGAGCAAAAGGAAACGAUCCUGACGAUUCCGCAACGACCAGCGCUCAUGGCGUUCGCCAUCAGCGAUCUGGACAUCACGAUUGACAAGCCAUCUUUCCCGAUGUCAGAGUACCCGAAGUUCCUCCAGCGUGUGGGCAAGGGCAUGCCGACCGAUAUGCAGUACUCGCUGCUCAUACCUAUGCAUGUGCAGAUCAACGCUGGUGAGGCUAAGCUGCACCUUCGAGACUACCCUCUGCCACUCGUACAUAUUCCUUCGAUUGGCAACGUCGGCUCUUCGCGGCUGCCAAGUCUGUCGCUGAAGACCGACUUUGUCAUUGCAGAAGAAUUCAGAGAUAUUGAAUCGUCGCGCGUCAGCCGAGUCGUAGUCGUACCCCAGGAGGAAACCCUGUCAGGAGAGAUGUCUGGCGGUUUCGCAGUUGAUGUGCGUCGAACAGUCGCCCCAGUCAAGACAUACUCGGACAUGAAUGUCGACAUCAACUCGGCGUACCCGACGCGCAUCACAUGGGGCACAUCGUACCAGCCUGCGAUUCAAGACAUGAUGCAGAUCAUCGAAAAUUUUACCAAGCCUGCUGUAGAUCCGUCGGAACGUGUUGGCUUUUGGGACAAGAUCAGGCUAACUUUCCACUCGAGGAUCAACAUCUCGUGGAAGGGAGAUGGAGAUGUACAUCUCAUCCUCAAGGGAUCUCGAGACCCGUACAUGGUGACCGGGCACGGCGCUGGGUUCGUCAUGUGCUGGCAGAACGAUGUCAGACUCACGCUUGCAGAAGACGAGGAUCCGCGCAACUUCAUGGUCGUCAAGAGCGGAAGUUAUGUCCUUGCCAUUCCAGAUCUUGGGCAUUAUGCUCGCCAUGAAGGUGACGCGGAAGCCAGUCGUCCAGAGAGCUCGUCCAGCUUGUCUAGUCGUAGACAGCUUGCUGUGUUCAAGAAGACUGUUAUGAAGCUCAAUGGUAAUGUGCGAUGGGGUGUUGGUCUAGUGUUCGAGCGGAAUCUGGAUGGUGGCGGGAGGUCGUUCGACUUCAUCCCACACUACCGUGUUGCGCUCAAGAACCCGAAGUAUGCGAAGCCAUCCAACGGGAAAGAGUACGACGCUUUCCGCGGCUUCCGUAGUCACCAUAUCCACAUGUCAAUUGCAAUCGCAGCACCCUACGAUCGAGAGUGGUCUGUCACAAACCAAGAUGCCUCGAAGACAUACAACAGCGUUCACCUCACGCCUCGUUUCUUCACACAUUUCUACAAUUGGUGGUCCAUGUUCUCUGGCGCUAUGUCGCUGCCUGUCCGUCAAGGCAAGCUCUGGCCUGGUGUGGAGAAGUCAAGCAAGAAGUUCGGCAGGCAUCUCGCAACGAUCAAGUAUAAUCUGCUACUUUCGCCUUUGUAUAUGAGCCACAUCUAUAAGCAUAAGGAUGCUGAAGACUACGGCUCGGGCGUUGUAUCUGCCACUGGACUGAAGGCGCGUGUCGACAGCUUCAUGCUCGACCUGCACCAGCGCCGUGAAGAGUUCCGCACCGUGGUUCAAGCGCCAAAGGACAAGGAAGACAGUAAGCAGAACCAGACUACUGGUAUGCGCAUCAACCAGGUGCAACUGGAUCUCAUCAAGACCGAUGUUCGAGCUGUGUCGGCAAGCAUCGCUGGUACUGACUCGGACGAUGUCGAAAACGCAACAACUGAAGAAGCCGCGAGCUUCAACCAAGAGUAUCUCAGUGCAGAUCUGUCGAAAUUCACGAUUCCGGACAACGAUUGGGGCUGGGUCGAUAUGGACGACUUCAUCGAGCUCGGCUGGAUCCUGCCUUCAGAUCGUCAUCCUGAGACGCAAAUCCUGCCUCUCGCAUUUGCACCUCACUUCACCUACUUCCGUCAGACAGAUCACGCCGACAAUAUCUCCGGCGACGUUCAUAGGACUAGUGCGUUUGGCAGUGAGCCUACACAUCACUGUGUCAUGUCUGCCCGCAACGACCCGCGACGCAUUCAGUGUGGGCUCAUCGAGCAGCGCAUUGAGCGCAUCAAAAAGCAGAUCGAGCACAACCACCGCGCGAUUGGAGAACAAGAAGUCAAGGUCGUGCGCGAGGUUGACGAGAAUCAGAAAGAGGCCGAGCGUCGCCUCAACACGUUCAAGAGUCACGCACUCUUCCUGCAACGGAAGCUGGAAUUUCUAACAUCCAUGCACGAGAGUCUGCUUGACCGACUCGCGGCCACUGAAGCAAACGCAGUGCCCAAAGGCGAGCCUGACACCGAUGACGAGUUUUACGAUGCUAAUGGCGAGGAUCCCACGAGUGAAACCAACACCAAGAGCAUGGACUCGACACCGAACAUCGAUUACAUCAGUGACUUCAACAACCGUUUCAUCAUCCACAAUAUCCAUCUCAAAUGGGGCAAUUCAUUGCGAAAUAUCAUCCUGCGCUAUAUUCACCAAGUCAGCCAGCGCAGAGGUUUCGUGUACUACAUGUCCCGGAGAGCAGUCAAGUUCAUCCUCGAUGUUGUGGAAGAGCAAAACAAGUCUCGUGGGCCAUCCACUUCCUUCGAGUACGAAAGCCCAGAUAUGGAUCCGACAACGCCCAAGGCGCAAAAUGAUCAGGGUAUGAGCAUCGACGAGACCAUUCAGCAGCUUCUCGCAGACGGCAAGAACUUUGUCGACGCUGAUGAGACCGAGAAGGGCGACAAGAACAAGGAGGCGCAAGACAAGCAAGACUCGGCUGAGAAAGAUGUCAACACCGAUUACGUGCCGCAGAACGCGUACAUCGUCCGCCUCAUCGCGCCUCAGAUCCAGCUGCAGAGCGAACGCAACACCAAGGCAGCCGUGCUCGUGACAGCCAAGGGCAUGCAGCUCAAGGUCCUGCAGAUCAUGGACAAAGACCGAGUCAUGGACGAAGUCUCCGGCUUGGUCCAACGCCGCUUCACCGCAGCCAUGGACAGUCUGCAGAUCUUCGUCACUAACGCUAAGAUCUUUAGUGGCAUGGAAGACAUCCACAUGUACUCCGGAAGCACCUACGGAACUCCUGCAGGCUCGGCAUGGCCCCCUUGGGUGCCUUUCGAAGUUAUGUUCGAGUUUCAUACCAAUCCUUAUGGCUUCCAGAGAGUGGUGCAGAGAACGAGUGCCAGUAUGCGUUAUGACAAGUACAACACGCUGCGCCUCAAGUACAAUGAUGACAUAUCUGGCGACUCUGCGUCAUCGAAGAGCGCGCAGAAUAUGGAGAGCAGGAUUGAUCAUCUCUGGGUCGACUUCCCUCACGUUCGAGCGUUGUGCGAUUCGCGACAGUACUAUGCCAUGUAUGUCAUUGUACUGGAUCUGCUGCUGUACCGCGAACCGCUGGAGAAGACGCGCAACGAGCGCCUUGAGAAGAUCAUGUUGGCUUCUGACUUCAGCGAUCUUACUGGAGCACCUGGCUUGGUCAUUGGCCUGCAGGAGCGCAUCCGUCAGCUUGAAGAGAUCAAGACUGUCUUCCAGGUCAAUGAAAAGUACCUCGACAAGCAAGGAUGGGAAGACCGUGUUGAGGUAGAGAAGGACCUAGCGGUCUACGAGGACGAACUGUUCUUCGUCAUGAAGGCUAUCACGACUGCACAGCGCAAGCAAGACGAUCGCGCACAAGCCAAGCAGUCGACUGGCCUGCUUCGGUGGUACAUCUCGGCAUCUGAGAUUGUCUGGCACUUGCUGCGCGAUGGACAGGAGUCGCUUGCAGAGUUCCAGUUGAAGAAUGCGCUGUAUGACCGCACAGACAAUAAUGACGGGUCCAACUUCAACUCACUUGAGAUUGAGGAAGCACGGGGUCUGAAUCUGCUUCCCAAUGCGCUGUACCCGGAGAUGAUCCUGCCGUACCUUGAGAACAACAAACAGCUGCCUGAGAAUGCUAAGUGCUUGAAGGUGCAGUUUGUUAUGCUCGAGGCUAUCGCUGGUAUCCCGGUCAUGGAGCACUUUGAAGUUAUGCUGUAUCCGCUCAAGGUCCAGCUGGAGUGGGAGAUCGGCAAGAAGCUGUUCGAAUAUAUCUUCCCCGCUAUCAAGGACAAGGAAAACGGAAACGCUUCUUCGCCAUUCCUGAUCAAGCACGCGCUUCCUUCUCAGGAUGACGACGAUGACGAGAUCAGCGGCAGCAUGACAUCGAGCGUCAGCACCAGCCUGAGUAACUCCAUGUCGCAGGACGAGGCAGCCACUGCGCUGCAGUCGCGAUUGACCCCGACUCUGAAGCUGCCAGAUCCACAGAGCAAGUCUCUGGACAAGGUCAAGAGCAGUCCACAGAAGAGGCCUGGUUUGAGCAGCUUCCGAUCGCUAUUCCGCGACGACAACGCAUCACGCAGCGGCACUGAACUGCGUCGCACCCUUCACCCGAACUCUGCCGCAACACCAUCAGGAUCCUCGCUCAACAUUCACGGCAGGCCCGGCUCAGUGCGUUCCAACGUCUCAUCCAUGACGGCCAACGAGUCAGAGCGCGGCGCCAAAAAAUUCACCCUCUACCGCACGGGCACGAGCAUAAAUCUGACAGACAAGCGCGGCGACAAGAAAGAGAAGAAAGAGCGGCAUGACGACCUCACGCAAAUGAUGAAUCGCGCAAGCAACUACAUGACGCUUGCCUACGUCCGUAUCCCCAGCAUGACGCUCUGCCUGUCCUACAAAGGCAAGGGCAGCCGCAACUUCGAAGACGUGCACGACCUCGUGUUCAAAAUGCCGACGCUCGAGUACCGCAACAAAACAUGGUCGAACCUCGAUCUCGCGCUCCAGCUCAAGAAAGACGUCAUUCGUGCGCUUAUCAGCCAUGCUGGGGCGAUCGUGGGCAACAAGUUCAGCCAUCAUCGCCCUAGCAAAACGCAGCAAAGUCGUCUACGUCAAAUCGCCAACUCAAGCGCCAUGCUCAAUGCGUCCCCCGACCCCUCCUCCGACAGCGCCUCAAUGCGCGACCACUCCCCCGCCAGUUCCACCGACGGUGUUCGCCGAUCCUUCACAUCCGGGCGUCAAGGAUCUUAUGUGUCUACGGUCAGCGAAGAAUCAUCCCUGCGCCCUGGUACAUCGGCAGACGGGCGGUCAACACACGGCUCUAUCCUUGGCGGCCUGCGGCACCACCACCACCACGACCACAGCCACGGUCUGGGCAUCGAGGACGGCCGAGCGUUCGCCGACGAGCUCAGCAGAGUCGACAACACGGAGCCGGGACACGCGAACAUCAUUCAUAGUCUGAGUAAACACAUCACCACCAUCACCCCGUUUGCGAACCACCGCGGGCGCGAUCGUGCAAAUAGCGUUGGCAAUGGGAGUUUUCCGUUCAGCAGGAAUGGCAGUGUGGUUGAGGAGGACGAGGGACGGCCGAAGACCAGUUAUGCCGAGGAGGGGGAGGGGAUGAACAAGAAGCAGAAAGCAUUAGCGGUGGGGAUGAAGUUGUUGGGACGCACCAAGACGGAGAGAUUCGAUGGGUAGUCGGACACCACCUUUGCGCGGAAGAAAGAAGAGAAGAGGAAGCUUCGUAGCGUAGACUAGGAGCAUCUCGUUUGUUUCAUUGCCGGCGCGAAGCAUCGUGGGCGUUGUGGCCGCCUGCAGCGUUUUCUUUUCUUGUAUAUGGCCUUUCGCUGCGGGUUUUGUACCAUAUUGGACGGCGACUUGUCGUUGUUGGCGUCCGGAGCGCGCGGGAAGCAUAGAAGCUCUGUCAAUCAAUGCAAAGUGUUAAUUUUCUCCC